GACCACUGACGUCGGAUGGAGGGAGCUCAGGAGCGGGUCCGAGAGAGCGAGCGCCGGGGAGGAGUGGACAUGAGGGAGCGCCCUUUACGACGGGGCGGGUUCGAGGGAGCGCCGCCACAGCACGGGGUCAUGAGGGAGCGCCUCACGGCCGUGACAGGAACAAGGGAGGGGACAGAGGAGCACCCCUUUGCAGAGCUUGCUAUAACACCAUCUUCUGUGGCCUUUUUUAACCUGUAUAAGGACAGCCUUGAGCACCAGAUACUGGGCUUGUUGAGUCCGCAGGAUGACAAGACAGUGGCUGCUGUGUACCUGGGAGCUGGCUGGUGCUCACUGGAUGAAGCUCUGACGACGUCUGACAGUGGGAGGCAGGAGCUGGUCCAGAUGCGGUCAGUCGGUGAACGGAUUGUGCUCUACCUGUUAAACCAGAUGAUCUGUGGGAACAGGGAAAGACCACCAGACGUCCUUCCUUUCCGACCUCAUCCCGUCGAUGAGUUUGCCAAGAUCUUCUGGACGGACAAGGAGGUGGCUGGGUUCCACACUGUGAAGCUGAAAGGCAGCCUGUGCUGUGCCAGCACCAGCCAGUGUUACCAGCUGCCCGUCCUGGACACCAUGUUCGUCCGCAAGAAACACCGGCGCCUGGGCCUUGGGCUGAGGAUGCCGGCCGACUUCUGCAGUCAGUUCCCCGCUGACAGGAUAGGGAUCAGCCAACCCAUCUCACCGGCCAUGUACAGAGUUUGCCACAGGUACCUGCAGGCUCAGCCUGAGAAACAGGACCGACUCUGGGAAGUGGACAGCCCAGGGGCUGGAGCCAAAGGGAAAACGUGCGGUUGCUAAUCCAGAUGGGUGAUAGACCCCCAGUUGAUGACUCGGCUCAAUCCAGAAGCUUCUGAAAGGGUUAAGGGUCAAGGAUGCAGAAGAGGCAGUGCGGCAUAACGAGGUGAAAGGGCAAGAGAGCUGAUGGAAAGAACGGAGGAAGAUGCAGUGACCAGCCAGAGGAAGGUUCCCUCAAGUCGCUCUGAGACACACCGUUCAAUCCAGAUCAAACAGGUGACUUAAUGCCGGUUCAGCAGUGACUAUCCACACCUCUUCAAUCCCCAACACCCUCCAGGGGGAUCCCUUCCUCAGCUUCCAAGUAAAAGCUCACGCUGCUGAUAUUUUAUACUGUCUUUAGCUGGUGGGAGACGAGCUGGAUUGUGUUUGUCUGCAACUGCCUGAUAUGAGUCCCUGCUGCGGCUGUUUCUGCAGAAACAUGGCUCCAGGACAAUGUCCAUGCACCAUCGAUCGACAGGUCAUGGCACUCAGGGACUUGGGCUAGAUUAGUAUUUUAAAAUGUUGUAACUCUGUGUUCUUCUGCAAUCAUAAUGAUAUGUGCUGUGUAUGACUAUUGGUCCUGCGCUCUGCACCUUGGUGCCAGAGGAACUCUGUUUUGUUUUGGCUGUAUUCAUGUAUAUAGUUGAAUGACAAUUAAACUUUUGAAUUUGACCGUCAGCUGCUUAAACCCCACCUGGGAA